AUUGUUCUUUAGCUAUUUCUCUACAAGAGCUCGACUUGCAGUCAGAAAAAUACUGCAGUCUGGCUAUGCUGUCGAUCGUCCUUGUGACGCCGCUAGCUAGGGUUGUAUGGGGGUGGCUGUCACAUGACUGGUUUCACCUGGCGCCGGCAUUUCAGUGGUUUAGCUAGUAUUUCCCCCUUUUAUCUCUCUCACACUCUCUCUCUCUCUCUCUUUCUUCUCUUUAGCUUAGUAUUCUCAAUACAUGGGAUUCUCGGAACUUUGAGCCCUUUUGACCAUUGCCUUGAUCCCGCCGUCACACUGCGUGCUUGAUAUAUCGCAUUGUGAUAAAUCAUGGACCAGUUCAAGGGAGCACUAUCUCAUCGACCACUCCUCGGAGACGAAAUUCGCCUGCUGAUCCUUCCGCCGGGUGCCUUCAACGACCCUAUCUGUUGCAGGCUCAAGCACGUCUCACUGAGUGAGUGCAUGCCCCGUCUACGAAGCUCUAUCAUACGUUUGGGGUGAUGCCACCCAAACAUCCCCCAUGACACUCAAUGGUGCCUCGUAUCCCAUCACCAAAAACUUGGAAUCUGCGAUUCGGCAUUUGCGACGCAGAGAAGGGUCGAGGACACUUUGGGUUGAUGCGGUUGGCAUUAACCAGCUUGACCUAGACGAACGAAGUUCCCAGGUCCUUACACCGGGGAUGAGGUCAAUUCGGCCUUUCGUCUAGCAGACGAGUUUUCUGGCAAAUAGC